UCCUGCCUGCCUUCUAAUAUUUAUUUACAUCAUAUGGCAAGGUUAAACGUUAAGAUGAUUAUUGCUUUCAGUGAAUUUAGUCAGUGCUUUCUCUACAGAACUUUGUGAGCUUCACUAAAGAGAGGAAGAUAUUAAAAUUCGCGUGAGGUGGAAAUCAAGGAUGAUCAACAAUAUAGAAGCCGAUUAUACCGAAACGCUUCAUAACAUAUGUAAAAUCUCAUCAAAUAAUGUCUUGUGUGAAACCACAGAUGUAGUACCAGUACGAAAAUUAUUUGUCAAUAAUUUAGCUGAAAGAACAACUUUGGAAGAUUUACACAACUGCUUCUCUGCAUAUGGGCAUAUUGAAAGUUACUACUUAAAUAAUGAUCAAGAGAAAGAAAACUAUGCAUUUGUUACAUUCAGUAAAGUAGAAGAUGCAAUGAAAGCUAUACAAGAAGGAAGUAAGAAACAAAUAAAAAUACACAAUAGGGAGCUAAGAGUGAUGGCUGUGAAUUCCUGGCAUCAACCGGAUAGUAUGGACCAAAAAUUAUAUAAUAUAGGAGGAAUAUCGAACAAAUCUUCUGAGGAAAAGUCUACUAAUGAACAAUAUUUGCAAAAUGAUACUGAAAAUGUGUCCAUUUCUAGAUUAAAUGAAGAUUGUUUGAGACAUAUUUUUUCAUUCUUACCAAUUAUUGACAGAAUUCGCAUAGAAAGAGUUUGUAAAUACUGGAAAGAGAUUCUAUGUUCUUGGAAGGAUAUGAAAACACUAGAUUUUUCACCUUCUACAUGGGGAUGUACAAAUACUGAUAUAAUUCGUAAAGCUAUACUAAUUAAAGUAUUAAAAAAAUGCAACAAAGUUCUAACAGAAAUAAAUUUAUCUCUUAUAAAUUCUUUUUUAAGUCACGAAAAUACAUUGACCAUUGUUGGAAAACUUUGUCCAAAGCUUACAAAUGUCGAUAUUACUGCACUAACGGUUUCUGCAUCAGACAUUGGUACAUUAGCAAGUAAUUGUAAAAAUAUAACUAAGUUUAGCUUAGGACUUUCAACACGUGAUUGUGAUGAUGAAUUAAUAAACUUCUUCAAAGUGAAUAAAAACUUAAAAUAUUUUUCCGUAAGUAAAAAUUAUAUUGCAGGCAAAUCUUUAUUAUUUUUGCCAGCACAAACGUUACAUACACUUAAAUUAGAGAGAUGCGAAAAUAUUAAAGAUAAUUUUGUCCAAGUAUUAAAAAGAUUAGAAAAUUUGAAACAUCUUGCAUUAUAUAACUGUUUUGAAACACCUGUAUCCACAUUAGAAACUAUCGGCACAUAUUGUAAAGGUCUAGAAAAGUUAGAGAUUGGAGAAGGAAUGUUUUAUGAUGCACAAAGAUCGGAUGUAUUUUAUUUAACUCAACUUGUCAAUCUGAAAGUUUUGAAAUUUAUACGCAGUCAUUUAGUGAUAGACGAAUUCCUUAAUAAUUUGGCGAACCAUUGUCAACAACUUAUCUCUAUAGACAUUACAGGUUGUGACAAGGUGACUGAUGAUGGAUUAAGAGCUAUCAUGACAUUAUCAAAAUUGGAAAAAUUAAUCAUUAAUUAUUUAUAUAAUAUUACUGGUAAAGAAUUGAAAAAUAUUUCUAAUAACUUUAAAGAGUUGGAAUGUCGAAAAUGUAUGAAAAUUACCGAUCAGUACAUGUCAAUGUUUAUCGAAACCACACCUUGCUUACAAUUACUGGAUAUUUCUGGAUGUCAUAAAAUCACCAAUGUCACUCUCGAUACUGCUAAAAGCGUCUAUAACAAUCGAACUGAUAAUAUAAUGUUAAAGAUGAUUAUUGGAGGAACAUCUAUACAAGAAGCACAACCGUCUCGGCUUUUGCAAAUAGUUAACGAGAAUUUAUGUGAUGGCACUAAUACAUCAAGAAAUUCAGAUGAAGAUAGAUUUAAUUUUUCUACUAGAUUUUGGAUUAAUGAAGCUAUAGAUUACGAAUAUGAUUCUCCGAUUGAAUCUGACAUGGAGGUUUAAAAAUUUGGCAUGCUUAUUUUCUAUGUAUAAUUAUAUUAUCAACUAUACUGUUAAUAAUUUUUAAUACAUAAU